CACCGGAGCGGCUCCCUGGCUGAGGAUUCCAGCAGGAAAAUUUUUUUGACCUUGUGUCUGGGUAAUUCUUGAGGAUGGCAAGCAAAGGACCGACGACUUCUGCAUCAACGAAGAACUCCAGUACUGGAGGGACCAGUGGCAGCAGUAGCAGUAACGGUGCUGGGGAAAAUGCUAAUCAGGACAAUACUUUCGAAUGUAACAUCUGUUUAGACACUGCCAAGGAUGCAGUUAUUAGUUUGUGUGGACAUCUCUUCUGUUGGCCUUGUUUACACCAGUGGCUAGAGACCAGGCCAAACAGACAAGUGUGUCCUGUAUGCAAAGCAGGAAUCAGUCGAGAUAAAGUUAUUCCUCUGUAUGGAAGAGGUAGCACUGGGCAACAGGACCCCAGAGAGAAAACUCCGCCACGACCCCAAGGACAGAGACCUGAACCAGAGAACAGAGGGAUGACUUUAUCUGCCACCUUAAUUAGAGUCCCCCUGGGGUUCCAGGGAUUUGGAUUUGGGGAUGGUGGCUUCCAAAUGUCAUUUGGAAUUGGGGCGUUUCCCUUUGGUAUAUUUGCAACAGCAUUCAACAUAAAUGAUGGGCGACCUCCUCCAGCUGUUCCAGGGACUCCUCAAUAUGUGGAUGAGCAGUUCCUAUCCCGCCUCUUCCUGUUUGUGGCUCUGGUGAUAAUGUUCUGGCUGUUGAUUGCAUAAAUCUUUUCCAUUAUUCUGUAUAUUCAUGGCGAACAAGGCCACUGAAACAGUUACAAACUGCAUCCCCAUCUCAUUUUAAACCUCUUGGUGUCUGGUUCCUUAGCUAACUAUGGGCUUCAGGAAUUGGUGGUAUCACAGCACAAUGAGGAAUCUCACAUCUUGCACCGGAGUUGGAAAUUAAAUAUUGGUUAAAAAGUGUAUUUCAGCUCAGCUUCUUGUACAACAGGUUCCUGCCACAAACCAUGGGUCUAGCUUUGAGCUCCACUCCUAAAAGGAGUGCUGCUUUGAAAUCCUGCGCCAAUCAGUGACACCAGGUUUAUGGGAAACAGUUGCCCCAAGGUAGACUGGGCAGGUAAGGAAACUUCUGCACUGUGAUCAGUAUCUCAUGCUUGGCAACCACGAUGGAUCUGCCAGAGUUGUGGAUGUUAUUUAAUGUCUUCACAUCAACAUCCAACCUUCUUCAGGAAAUCAUCUGCAGCACUGCUGAGACUCUCUGGGCACAGCAUGUAAUGCAACGGAAUCAGGUUUGGAGACUGGUUUCCUUUUUUGCUGUUAUUUCCCAGUGUGAUGGAAGAACUCUCCUGAAGUGGUUCUAAUGGCUGUUAGAAGAAGGGAUACAAAUAUAUGCUGCAAUUUUUUUAAAGCCUGAUUUGCUGGAGCCAGACACUGGAAGAUUCUCUCUCGUCGUGGACCUGGGUGGAGUUGCUGAACAGUACGACACACCUGUCUGCCUCACCCAGCCCGGUUCCUUACUGACAAAACAGUGUUGUCUUCCUGGGUUCUGCACAGCAGCCUGUGGCUGCAUUCAUGGAUAAUCCCCUCACAACCUUGUCACUGUAGCUACGUUUAUUCUCCCCAGGGCUUUGAGACUUUCUCUGCAAGGUCAUGUACUCCAAAUAAAAUCCUAUUACAGAUUUGAAAUCGGCUUGUUUGGGGAGAGGAAAAAAAGGCAUCUUUACAUGAGUUUUGAGGUUAAACUUAUACAGGAGGAAAAAUGAGGUCCUGCCUUUGCUAGCACAUGCCACAGUAGGGAAUAUUUGGAAGAGCUUCUCUCUACAGGUGUACACAGCUACUCCAUUCCACAGCAGAAUGGCUAUAGUCUAAGAGUCUCUGCAGUAUCUACCAAAGAUAUUAAUUUGAAGUGCUGGAGGAGACCACAACUAUUUUUGUACUGAAGGAAAAAUAUUUCAUAAGGUGAGCACUCUGUAGCUGUUUUGGAAUCCUGUUGGGUAUACAGCUUUAAAGAGUAUUCCUGAUGUAUUUGUGUAGAUUCCUUCAGAACAGCAGAUAUGAGAGAUUCCCUAGCAAGAUGAAGAGUUUUCAUAUUUGUCUGACUUGGCAAUUUCUUUUUUUUUCUCUUAUUGUUUUUAGAUUAUUUUGAUUCAGGUCGAUAAUAGUCACAGUGAUUUUCUGCAAGGUGAAUAUUGUGACUUCCAUGGCAAUAGACUGACAAAACAAAUUGACUCACAGAAACUUUGUUUCAGUAUCUAGGGUUUUCUAGUAUAUGGAUAAGGUUCCUGGGCAGGGCACCUUGAGUAAUUGUUGUAGAAGCUUAUUUAUGUAAUUAUAAACUGUUCACUUUGAGUAUCAAGACAGAAGGUGACUGAAGUUUAACUUGCCUACCUCCAAAAUUCCGUCUGGCAAGUAGAAUGUUACAAAGCUGCUGCAGUGUUUUGCUACAUCUAGUCAAAUUUUAUACCUGGUGCAAUGAUAAGCUGGCAGAAUAUAUUGCUCAGCUAUAAAUAGUUGAAGUGGUGCUUCAGCUUUUGUUGCAUGGCACUUUUGAGAAGCUUAACUUCUGCGUAUGGUUCUUCUCAAGUGCCUAAGUUGAUAACUAGGACCCUUUCUAGGAGAAAGGCUAUUUAUUGCAUUCCUGUAAGCAACCGGCUGUAGUACCAUGUCCCAUGUCGCAGCUUUGGCUUCCUUUCAUGGGCAGGCGGCACCACCUGCUGUUGAAAAUGGAAAGUUCAUGUGGUAGUAAAAGGGAUAGCUUUCCUUCUUUUUGUAUUGAGAAACUCGAUGCUAGGAGCGAAGGUUAUCCAGGGAGGAGUAGGGUAUCCCUUUAAAGCCUUUUUCCGAUAAAGACGACAGAAAAGUGACUGUAAUAGGUUCAAAUGAGGUAUUGAAACUGAUUUAACUAACACGUUUUAAAAUAGAGAAUUUUCAUGGCUUGGGGGCUUUUUCUAUCUAAUCAUGAGAUGUAAUGGAUUUAGACCGAGGUGGCUGCAGAAACAUGACUGAGAGCCCCCAUUUUCUGGCAAUCAAAGAAUGAAAUAGUCGAAAAGUGUUAACGCUUCUGUUUCUACCUUUUUCUUGGUGUGCUUUUUGUACCGUACCGUUCCCCCCCUCGUACUCAGACUGCACACAGCCCAUAAUGGCUUGUUUAGUGCAUUACCAUUACUGUUCACUAAUUUUCACUGUUGUGAAAGUGAUUUAGAAUUAAACAAAUGGUUUUACAUUGA